CCCUGCUCCAGAGAGGAAGGCAGAGUUGAGGGAGUGCCUUGGAGGGCACCAAUCACCCAGGUGCCCUCACUGCCACUCGGGCCUGAAGGAGAAUCUUCAGCAGGGUCACAGGAGCUGUUCUGUCCUGGCUUUCUUUGCAGUUGAACCUGAUGAUAAAGGCGAUCCAGCUUCUAAACCCAUGUCUGUGAAUGACCGUCUGAGAGAUGCUGAGGGUAGGCCAAGGCCUUUCCCCCGGGAGAGCUUCCAGCUCAGUGCCCAAAGCUCAGCCAUGGGGGCAGAGAUGACAGAAGCUUUUGUGGCUGUUGAGUUUCAGGUGUGUCUGCAGGGAGGACUUUUCAGACUCCUUUGCUGGUUACUGCACGCAGGCCUGGCUCCCAUCGCAGGGGUGAGUAGUGUGUCCCUGCUGACCUCACAGGCUGAGCCCUGCUCCUGUGGGAUCCAUUCCUGGGAAAUGGAACUAUGUUGCUGUAAGCUCCUCCGAGGGGAAAGAACAAAGCUACAGGACACAAGGAAUCCCAUGAGCCAUCUGAACACAUGAGGCAAAUGCUGAAGGAAAUGCAGCAGGCAGGAGGACAAGCUGUCCCUCUUCCUUUCUCCAAAAAUUAAAGGAGAGCCUGUGCAGAUGGAAGCAUUUCCCAGAGGAAGCAGUGCUUCCAUGCCAGCCUCUGCUGCAGGAAGGGAGGCAAUGCCAGGCACAGGCACAGGAGAUUGGGAUCGUGACUUGCAUCAUUUGGAAAUGCUGGUAAACCAUGGUUUAAGGAUCUUGGAGCUUGAUGAAGCUGAACUUGAUGAAGAUGAUGAUGUCGAUGAAGAUGAUCUGGAUUCCCAACCCAUACCCAUUACUGAGCCUCUGGAAGAUGCUGAGGGUGUGUCUGCAGGGAGGACUUUCCCAGGUCCAUUGGUGGAUGUUGCACGCAGGACCAGCUCCCGUCGCAGGGGUUCCCUGAGAAUGGAGAAAAUACCUAGAGGAGACAGUAAGUCCCUGGAGGCACCCAAACCCAUGGAGAAGUUGCCGGGUGAUCUGGAGAGACGCCGUGAUGCAGCCGGCAUCACAACACAUGCUGACAACAUCUGGGAAAGCACGAGAAGAGUUUUCUGCUGGGGAACACCUUGUUUGAAGAAGUUGAUGGCCAUUGUGGCUGGUGCAGCACUUUGCCUGAUGAUGUGCUGUGCUGCAAUCUGGUAUUGCUGGAAGAGAAACUGGCAUCACAUUGAAGAAAAACUGAAAGCUGCUGGCUGGUCACGAGAUCUUUACUGCUGGAAGAGCAACAGCAGCAUCUCCGACUCGGACGAGUUUUCGUUUUAGCACCUCCAAUCUCUACGGUGACUCGAGGUCGCCUCCUUCCAGGGCUGAAGGCGAAAGUCCCCAGGAAAGGCUGUGGGAAGUUCUCAAGUGAAGACUGACUGAGAGCUUCCAAAAUCAGCUUCAAAAUUUUCAAAGUAGUUUUGGAAUCUGGAGAAGACAACCUUAUUUUCUAUUAGCUUUUAAUUUUUAGAAAUAUUUAGAAAUAGUUUUUGUAGAGACAAAUCCCCCAAUGUUUCUUCCCCAUUUCCACAAUAUGUCUGUGUUUUUGAAAGUAGUUUUAUAGUUCUAGAAAGGUUUUUUGCACUAAUACAAUAAAAUAAAAUGGCAUUUCA